AUGUCUCCUUACAGGAUGGUCUAUGAAAAAGCUUGCCAUCUUCCAGUUGAAAUCCAGCAUAAGGCAUAUUGGGUAAUGAAGAAGUGCAACUGGGAUUUAGAGGCAGCUGAGGAGGCCAGACUUUUACAGCUUCAGGAGUUGGAAGAGCUCAGGCUAGAAUGUUUUAACAAUUCUCUGAUUUAUAAGAAAUGGGCGAAAGAUUUUCAUAACAAAAUGAUUGCGCCCAAGGAAUUUCAAGUAGGGAAAAGGCUGAAGGUCUUCCACGAUGGCAAGUCUUUGGAUUGCUUUGACAUCGCCUACCGAUUGGAUUCACCGAUCUACAUAUGA